CCUCGUUUAUGACUCCGCUUGCCGACGCGGCAGUGUGAGCACGGCUACGGCUAGAGCAACCAAGAUGUGCGCAUUCACACUUAGAUUUUACCAGUAGACACGAGUGCCUCACCAGGUGCGCACUGCGGUUCAGAGAAGCUCCACAAAGCAGAAUGGACUGUGCUUCUGAAGGAACGCGACAUGGCGCCCUCAAGCGAACGAGAUGCGGUGCUCCCUUGCUCCUUGUCCAAAUGCGUACAGUACAUAGCGUCGGUGCUGCGGAUUGCGCAUGUCUGGACUUUUCGAAAUGAGUGGGUGGAUCGAUCUGAAUGUGAAUCACCGCCGCGACGAAAGCCGCGAGGUUUCACGCGGCGCAACCGUCGCGCUUCGACUAUGAAAUCAAUCGUGCUGACUGGUCACACGCGGGCCUCUCAUCUUGUCUCUCCUGUUGGAUGCACGCAUGCACACACCCUCAACCCUCACCCUAGACCCCCAUCCUGCUGCGCAUACACGCGGCACUUCCCUCAACGAGGUUCGCAUCUCGCUCCGUUCCAGACCAAAGUCAUCCCUCCGAACGCCCAAGACACGUUGCUCAUGCAAAGCUUAUCAGGACCGUCCCUGCGGCGCUCGGUAAGCUCGCCUAGCUGAGGCCUUGCGCGUGCGCAAGGGGCUUCUCCGCUUUCCUUCUUGUUGGCACCACAGCCAGCGUUCGUUCGAGAGAGCGCUUGAAAUGACUGGCCCGGCCGGACUUUCGAACUUUAUUUUGGGCAGAAGCAGCAUCAGCCGAUUGAGCACUCUCGUGACUCAGCAGACGCAGUCGAGGAACAAGUCCAUUAUUAUUCUGAUUCACGACUGGCGCCAGAGGCAAUUGAUCAGACACGCCGCUGAGAUGGCACAAAUCGGACCGCCUGCCGGCGUGUGACUCGGCUAGCUGCCGCAAAUAGCAAAUUGUGGAUGCCGCUUUCGAUACCUCGACAGCAGCACGGAUGGUGACACGGUUCUCAAUGUUCUGUCAACUUGACCCUAUUGUGUCGGUCUAAUCGCAUCGCCACCUCGUUGCUGAAAGUGCAGUCGCAGUGACGUGGUGCGAUUCUGUGCGUCGCGCGGAAGGCGACCAUCCGCCAUAGUCGCAGUCAUGAGUACCUUGGCGAAGGUGGACCAAGGGCGGAUGCCGAUCUAGGAAAAUCUCCGACCUGCGUGAGGGAGAGGGAUCGGCCUCGAAGGCAUCGAAGGAGAAGAAUCGAGGCUACUUGUGCUCCGACGCAUGUUCUUCUCGCAGCGAUCAGCAUGACAAGUCUCACUCAGACUCUACUGUAGGGCCGUCUCAUCUCGACCGGCAUCCUGCCCGAUGAAGCUUGCGCUUACGAUCCUCGACUUGCGCUUGCCGAAUGGUCGAAAUCGUGAAUAAUCAAUCCCGCCAUGCUCGCUACGCCACACACGGCGUUCCCCUUUGCCCAAGUUGAUGCUCAUCAGCACGCGGCGCGUGCUUGCUGCAUGAGCUCGCGUAGCCCGUUG